AUGGGUGAAGUUAGGAAGGCUGGCAGUGAAAUGUCACUCCUGAUCUACCUGCUCGUUGUUUCGGUGCUCCUCAUUAGCCCGACUCUUGUGGACAUUGGCAUCUACAUGGCAGACUUCCACAGCCCGGCUGAUGCCGCGUCCCGCAAGGCGCCCCUCGGCGGGGCCGCCCCGUGCCCGGCCCUGCCCGCCCCGUCGCCGACAGCGUUGCCGGCAGCUUCCCCGCUCCGAGCCCCGCCGCUCGUCAGCUCGGCCGCCGGCCCCGAGCCGCCGCAGCCCGGGGCGGCUCGGCAAGCAGCAGCGCGCCGGGCGCUCGGGUUGCCGGGGCAGAAGAGUGGGAGCGCGGUGCCGCCCGCACGGGCGGAGAAGCCUCCCCUGGAGCAGCUCUACCGGGAGGGCCCGCUGCUGGGGAGCGGCGGCUGCGGCAGCGUUUACUACGGGACCCGGCUCGCCGACGGCGCCCCGGUGGCCAUCAAGCGAGUGUGCCGCGAUCGCAUCCCGGAGUGGGCGCGGCUGCACAACGGCGCCCUGGUGCCCCUGGAGCUGGCGCUGCUGUGGAUGGUGUCGUGCCCUGGCUUCCGCGGAGUCGUGCGGCUCCUGGACUGGUUCGAGCUGCCCGACGGCUUCGCGCUGGUCAUGGAGCGUCCGCAGCGCUGUCAGGACCUCUGGGACUUCCUGCACGAGCGGGGGUUCCUGACGGAGCCCGUGGCGCGGGGGCUGUUCCGCCAGGUGCUGGAGGCCGUGCGGCACUGCACCAGCCGCGGCGUCCUGCACCGCGACAUCAAGGCCGAGAACGUCCUCGUCGACCUGGCCACGGGCGAGGCGAAGCUCAUCGACUUCGGCUGCGGCACGAUCCUCCAGGACACGUUCUACACCCGGAUGUCAGGAACGCCGGAGUACAGCCCACCGGAGUGGAUCCUCUUUGGCUGCUACCAUGGCCAGCCAGCCACCAUCUGGACCCUGGGCAUCCUGCUCUAUCACCUGGUCUGCGGGCACCUUCCUUUCCACACAAACGAGGACAUCGUCCGGGGCCAGCUCUUCUUCCCGCCCCGGGUGUCUCAAGAGUGCCAGCACCUCAUCAGGUGGUGUUUAUCCAUGGACCCCGCAUACAGGCCAUCACUGGAAGACCUUUUUGAGCAUUCUUGGCUGCAGGAGCCCUGCCUGGCCCAGGAGACAGCAGAAAUCCAUCCCUGUGCUCAGUAGGAUCCAGGAGCCCAGCAAGUACCAGCUGCACGCGUCUCGUGGCACUCUAAGAAAACCCCGGAGCGUUUCCCUGCAGCCGCGGCACGGA